GAUUUUAGAUAAUGGGCUGUGUGCAAUGUAAGGAUAAAGAAGCAACAAAACUGACUGAUGAGAGGGAUGGCAGUUUAACUCAAAGCUCAGGCUACCGCUAUGGGACAGAUCCCACUCCGCAGCACUAUCCUAGCUUUGGUGUGACUUCAAUCCCGAACUACAACAACUUCCAUGCCACAGGAGGCCAAGGACUGACUGUGUUUGGUGGAGUCAAUUCCUCCUCUCAUACAGGGACGUUGCGUACAAGAGGAGGAACAGGUGUAACUCUUUUUGUGGCGCUUUAUGACUAUGAAGCAAGAACAGAAGAUGACUUGAGUUUUCACAAAGGAGAAAAAUUUCAAAUACUUAACAGCUCGGAAGGAGACUGGUGGGAGGCCCGGUCCUUGACAACAGGCGAAACCGGUUACAUUCCCAGUAAUUAUGUGGCUCCAGUCGAUUCCAUCCAAGCAGAGGAGUGGUACUUUGGCAAACUUGGCCGAAAAGAUGCCGAGAGGCAGCUGUUGUCAUUUGGAAACCCCAGAGGUACCUUCCUGAUCCGGGAAAGUGAAACUACCAAAGGUGCCUAUUCCCUGUCUAUUCGAGACUGGGAUGAUAUGAAAGGAGACCAUGUCAAACAUUAUAAGAUUCGUAAACUUGACAAUGGUGGAUAUUAUAUCACAACUCGGGCACAAUUUGAAACUCUUCAGCAGCUGGUUCAGCAUUAUUCAGAGAAAGCUGAUGGUUUGUGUUUUAACUUAACUGUGAUUGCUACGAAUAAUACCCCACAAACUGUUGGAUUGGCUAAAGAUGCAUGGGAAGUUGCACGUGAUUCAUUAUUUCUGGAACAGAAGCUUGGUCAGGGGUGUUUCGCUGAAGUGUGGCGUGGUACGUGGAAUGGAAAUACUAAAGUGGCUAUCAAGACCCUGAAGCCUGGCACUAUGUCUCCAGAAUCCUUCUUAGAGGAAGCCCAGAUCAUGAAGAAGCUAAAACAUGACAAAUUGGUCCAACUUUAUGCUGUGGUAUCUGAAGAACCUAUCUAUAUUGUCACAGAGUACAUGAGCAAAGGGAGUUUGCUAGAUUUCCUAAAAGAUGGAGAAGGAAGAGCUUUGAAGUUACCAAAUUUGGUGGACAUGGCAGCCCAGGUGGCUGCAGGAAUGGCGUACAUCGAGCGAAUGAAUUACAUACAUAGAGAUCUGCGGUCUGCAAACAUUCUGGUGGGGAAUGGCCUAAUAUGCAAGAUUGCCGACUUUGGAUUGGCAAGGCUGAUUGAAGACAACGAAUAUACAGCUAGACAAGGUGCAAAGUUUCCCAUUAAAUGGACUGCUCCAGAAGCUGCAUUGUAUGGAAGGUUCACAAUAAAGUCGGAUGUGUGGUCUUUUGGGAUCCUACUGACAGAGCUGGUAACAAAAGGGAGAGUGCCAUACCCAGGCAUGAAUAACCGUGAAGUCUUGGAGCAAGUAGAGCGUGGUUAUCGGAUGCCAUGUCCUCAGGACUGUCCCAUCUCCUUGCACGAGCUUAUGAUCCACUGCUGGAAAAAAGACCCAGAGGAGCGUCCAACUUUCGAAUAUUUGCAGGGUUUCCUUGAAGACUACUUCACUGCAACAGAACCCCAGUACCAGCCCGGUGACAACCUGUAAAUCCCUGGUCUCCAGGCACUGUCAUGAAUUACCAGGUGUUUCUCAGCCCUGCCCCACCUGCCCUUCAGCUUCCAACUCCGUGAUCGGCUUCUCCAGAGUGCAGCAUCUUCCAGCUCCGCCAUGCACGGGAGGGGCUGAAGCUGGGAACUUCCGCAGCCCUUGCCUGUGACCACUUGUCCUAAUAAUCUGAAUGUCCUGGAUGAAAAGGAGAAAAACACUUGUUUUUUCUUAAUCAGAGACUCCAAAACUGCAUUGUAUUGAUGUUAUGUAAACUGCAAAACCUCUGUUCAUUGUAAAUAGUAACUCAGUGCCAAUAACUGAUCCUAGUGCUUUCCUUUUUUUAAAACGCAAAACCUAUGUGAUUUUAACUAGUCUUCUCCUGAUUCAACUAAAAGUAUUAUUUUCCAGAAGUGGCCUCUUUGUCUAAAACAU